CAAGUAGAACAACAAAGAGACAAUUACAAAUCCCAAUUAGAAAAUCAUACUUGCCCUACUGUUCGGAAGUUUGCUGUAAAAAUGGAGAUUAUGCCACAAUUAAACAACAAUUAGACCAGCAAAAAGAAAAUUGUAAAACGCACCUAGCAGAAAAAGAAAAACAAAUCAUCUCUCAAAUCAUUACUGAAUAUCCUGAUGGUCAAGUUGUUGAUGAUUUACAACAACAAUUAAAAGAAAAAGGACAAAUAAUUGCUGAUUUAUCCAAACCGAGUGAGGAAAUUAAGGAACAAUUAGUAAAAUUGAGUCAAGAAUUAGGUUUAAGUGACCAAGUGCAGCAAUCUUUACAAAGUGCAACCAGUUAUUCGGAAUUAGUAAGUAAACAAAACCAGGUAUUUAGUGAAAAAAUACAAGGAGUAAUUAAACAAAAACAAAUGGCUCGAAAAUGA